CACACACACACACACACGCACACGAGACCACGGAAAACAAGCAAACCCUCCGACGAAUCCCAGUCAGUCGUGGACAUUCUCCCAUUCCCCCCUUCCCAGCCCCUCUCCCUCCAUCCGUGGAUCUGUCACAAGAAGAAGAUGAUGAUGAUGACGGUGAGGAUGUGAAUGGGACACGGACGCAUCCAGCAUCCGCAUUUUGGAGCGAGCACGCGGAGAUUUGCGCACCGGCGAGCGGUGCCAGCGUGUGCGCUCUGCCGGGGCCCGGCGCGCGUCGUCUGGGCGAACUGACGGAGAAGGAUGGAGGCGUUUUUCACGGAGGGGGCCCGAGUUUGGGUCAGGGAGAAGGAGCAGUUGGUUCCGGCCACGGUCAACUCCUGCGGAGAUGGAACCUUGGUGGUCACUACAGACUAUGGAGAGGUGCUGUACCUGCAGCAGGCCGAGGUCACCAGGGAGCGUGUGUAUCCCAUGCACCAAUCCAGCGUGGACGGCGUGGAAGACAUGUCGGCGCUGGCUGAGUUGCACGAGGCGGCCAUUAUGCAUAACCUGCACCAACGCUACCAGAAGGACAACAUCUAUACAAACAUCGGCAGCAUCCUGGCGGCCGUCAACCCUUACAAGCAGAUCCCAGGUCUGUACGACUUGGAGCGGGUGGAUCUCUAUUCUAAGCAUCAACUGGGCGAGUUGGCGCCGCACAUCUUUGCCGUGGCCAACGAAUGCUAUCGCUGCAUCUGGAAGAGACACGACAGCCAGUGUGUCCUCAUCAGUGGCGAGUCGGGAGCAGGGAAGACGGAAAGCACUAAGCUGUUGCUCCAGUUCCUGUCGGUGAUGAGCCAAAAGUCGGCUGCGACGCCACUGUCGGAGAAAAGCACGCACGUGGAGCAGGCCAUUGUACAGAGCAGUCCUAUCAUGGAAGCGUUCGGGAACGCCAAGACCGUUUACAAUAAUAACUCCAGCCGCUUCGGGAAGUUCAUCCAGCUUCACUUCUCGGAGUGCGGCAACAUCCAGGGAGGCUGCGUCAUCGAUUACUUACUGGAAAAGAACCGAGUGGUGCGACAGAACCCCGGCGAACGCAAUUACCACAUCUUCUACGCGCUGCUGGCGGGAGCCAACAAAGAGCAUAAAAGUCUCUACUUCCUGGAGGAUCCAGCGGAAUCUUUCCAUUACCUCAGCCAGUCAGGUUGCCUGAAGGACAAAAGUCUGAAUGACAAAGAGCUAUUUAACAGUGUUAUGGAGGCCCUGAAGGUGCUGGAGUUCUCCGAGGAGGAGAUCAGGGACAUGUUCAAGCUCCUCUCGGGCGUCCUGCAGCUCGGCAACGUGGACUUCAUGACGGCGGGAGGAGCUCAGAUCACCACCAAGCAAGUGGUGACCAACGCGAGCGAGCUCCUCGGCCUCGACGCCUUCCAGCUGUCCGAAGUGCUGACUCAGCGCUCCAUCAUCCUGCGAGGAGAAGAGAUAUGCUCGCCGCUCACCAUCGAACAGGCUGUAGAUUCUCGGGACUCGGUUGCCAUGGCGCUGUAUUCCCAAUGUUUCUCCUGGAUCAUCCUCAAGAUCAAUCAGAAGAUAAAAGGGAAGGAAAAUUUUAAGUCCAUCGGCAUCCUGGACAUCUUUGGCUUUGAGAACUUUGAGGUGAACCGCUUUGAGCAAUUCAAUAUCAACUACGCCAACGAGAAGCUCCAGGAGUACUUCAACAAGCACAUCUUCUCACUGGAGCAGCUCGAGUACAACAGGGAAGGUGUCCAGUGGGACGCCAUCGACUGGAUGGACAACGCCGAGUGUCUUGAUCUCAUCGAGAAGAAACUGGGCUUGUUGGCUCUGGUGAACGAAGAGAGUCGCUUCCCCAAAGGCACGGACUUCACUCUUCUGGAGAAGCUUCACAGCAGACACUCUACCAACCCUUACUACGUGAAGCCCAGAUUGGCCGACCAUCAGUUCGGUAUCAAACAUUACGCCGGGGAGGUCUUGUAUGACGUCAAAGGCAUCCUGGAGAAAAACAGAGACACCUUCAGAGAUGACAUCCUCAACAUGCUUAAAGACAGCAGAUUGGACUUCAUCUACGACCUUUUCGAGAAGGUGGGCAGCAGGAACAAUGAGGAGAAGAUGGGAACGGCCAGACGCAAGCCCACCGUCAGCUCCCAAUUCAGGGACUCCCUGCAUGCUCUCAUGGCCACUCUAAGUGCAUCCAAUCCUUUCUUCAUCCGCUGCAUUAAGCCCAACAUGGAAAAGAAUCCCAAUGUGUUUGACCCUGAAGUGGUCCUCAACCAGCUGAGGUACUCAGGGAUGCUGGAGACCGUCAAGAUCCGUCGUGCCGGGUUCCCCGUCCGAAGAACUUUCAAAGACUUCUUUGUGCGAUAUAAGAUCAUUUACAAGGAGAAAGCAGCUACAGCGGGAGAUGACAAGAAGAGGAGCACGGAUCUUCUGACGAAAUACGACAAGACCAAGAAGGAGUGGCAGCUGGGGAAGACCAAAGUGUUCAUGAAAGAGUCUCUGGAGCAACGCUUGGAGAAAGACCGCGACGAAGUGCGACGUCAGGCGGCCAUGAUCAUUAGAGCCCACCUUCUCACUUUCUCGGCCAAGAAACACUUCAAACAAGUGCGCGCCAGCACCGUCGUCCUGCAGAAGCACCUGCGCAGGCACAUCCAGCGAGGACGCUUCGUCCGCCAGCGCAAAGCGGCGCUGGUGCUCCAGAGGCACCGGCGAGGCCAGGUGGCCCGAACACGUGUCCGCAAGCUUCGAGAGGAGAAGAAGAAGAAGGAGGAGGAAGAGAAGAAGCAAGGACAGGAGGACGUUGGGGAGACGGAAGGCCGUGUGGAGGAGGAAGGAGCCACUGAAGGAGCCAAUAAAUCCUCAGAGGACGAAGUGCGUCAGAUGGAGGAGAUCCUUCAGCUGGAGCGUGAGAUCGAGCGUCUGCAGAAGAAGCGCGAGGAUGAGGUGUCGCAGCUGUGCGAGUCGUCCAAGCAGGAGCUUCAGCUGCGCCGCGACGCCGAGCUCAAGCGCAUGAAGAAAGAAGCCUCGCGCAAAGCCACCAGCCUCAUCGACCUGCUCAACUUCGGCGGCGUGGAUCCCACUCAAGGCGAGGCCGCGCAGGCCGAGGUCGCUGGCAAGGCCGAGCCUCCCAAAGCCGCCCGGGCUGCCAGCGCCACGCAGCCCGGCACGUCCAAGGACGAGGAGGUGGACGAGGGUUUCCACGCCGAGGAGGAGUUCAUCCCGCUCCCUGACUUUCCCCCUCCGGUUGAGACGGACACCCCCAUGGAUCAGGCCAUGUUCGCUCACCUCCCUCCCCCGCCGCCGGCGUUCGCCGAGGGGAUGGUGCCCCCUGCCGCGCCCCCGCAGGAGGGGCAAAAAUCCGAACCAGAGAGGAAGGUCAGCAUGGUCGACAGCCUGGUGGACGGCGAGGAGCCCAUCUACAGCAUGCCCGCGGACACCGAGUCCGACUACGACCAGGAGGAGGAGGAGGGUUCGGUGACGGCCGGCGACGACAGCUCCGUGUCGGGCAGUAAUCGUGGCAGCGCCGCCGUCGCUGACGAAGAGCACCCGCGCAAGUCCACCUGCACCAGCGUCAGCGCCGAGUCCUACCGGGAAAGCUCCGACUCUUACGCAGGCAGCGACGACGAGCACGACGGCAUGAUGGACACCGACGAGGAAGCCACAAACGGACGAGUGACCUUGUUCAACGGCAACGGGCCGCCGUAUUUCCACGGUUACCUCUACAUGAAAGCCGGCCUGAUGAUCCCCUGGCGGAGGCGCUGGUGCGUGCUAAAGGACGAGACCUUCAUGUGGUUCCGCUCCAAGCAAGAGUCCCUCAAGUCCGGCUGGCUCUACAAGAAAGGAGGAGGCCUCUCCACCCUCUCACGCAGAAACUGGAAGAUGCGCUGGUUCGUUCUGAGGGACAGCAAACUGAUGUAUUACGACAACGACAGCGAGGAGAAGCUGAAGGGAACCAUCGACAUCCGGGCUGCCAAAGAGAUCGUCGACAACCACGAGAAGGAGAACGCUCUGAACAUCGUGACGGAUGAGAGGACCUACCAAGUUUUUGCAGAGUCGCCAGAAGACGCCAGCGGGUGGUUCAAUGUGCUGAGUAAGGUGCGGGUUUGCACGCCAGAGCAGCUUCUGGAGAUGUCCCACGAGCAGGCCAACCCCAAGAACGCUGUGGGAACGCUCGAUGUGGGCCUGAUUGACUCUGUCUGCGCAUCGGACAAUCCUGAUCGGCCCAACUCCUUCGUGAUCAUCACAGCCAACCGCGUGAUCCACUGCAACAGCGAUACGCCCGAGGAGAUGCAUCACUGGAUCAGUCUGCUGCAGAAGCCUAAAGGCGACGCCAGGAUCGAAGAGUUCCUCGUUCGAGGUUGGCUCCAGAAGGAGGUGAAGACCAACACCAAGAGCGCCUCGCUGAAGCUGAAAAAGCGCUGGUUCGUCCUCACGCACAACUCGCUGGACUACUACAAAAGCUCCGAGCGCAACUCUUCCAAAAUGGGCACGCUGGUGCUUAAUUCGCUAUGUUCCGUCAUCCAGCCGGACGACCGAGUGCACAGGGAGACGGGAUACUGGAACAUCAUCGUGUAUGGUAGGAAACAUUCCUACCGCCUCUACACCAAAAUGCUGAAUGAGGCCAUGAGAUGGACAGCGGCCAUACAAGGCGUCAUUGACAGCAAGACCCCCAUCGAGACCCCGACUCUGCAGCUCAUCAGAGACAUCAAGCAGGAGAACAGUGUGAAUCCAGAAAUCGUGGAGCAGAUGUACAGGAGGAACCCCAUCCUCAGAUACACCCAGCAUCCGCUACACUCGCCGCUACUGCCGCUACCGUACGGCGAAGUCACCAGCCUCCAAAGGCAGCAGGGCUACGCGAGCCUCCAGGACGAGGCGGUGCGGGUUUUCAACUCGCUGCAGGAGAUGGAGACGCUGGCAGAUACGGUCCCCAUCAUCCAAGGCAUCCUGCAGACCUGCCAGGACCUGCGUCCUCUCAGGGAUGAGGUUUAUUGUCAGGUGAUCAAGCAGACCAAUCACGUGCCUCAGCCCAACAGCCCAGCCAAUCGGGCGCACUGGCACCUUCUCACCUGCAUGAGCUGCACCUUCCUCCCCAGUCGGGUCAUCCUCCGAUAUCUCCGCUUCCACUUGAAGAGGGUCCGGGAACGUUACCCCAACACGGAAAUCGAGCGCUACGCCACUUUCAUCGGGGAAUCCUUGAAGAAGACCAAGACUCGUGAGUUUGUGCCCUCUCAGGAGGAGAUCGCCGCCUUGCUGGUGAGGCAGGAGAUGAGCACCACCGUUUACUGCCAUGGGGGAGGAUCCUGCAAGAUCUCCAUCAACUCGCACACCACGGCCGGAGAGGUUGUCGAGAAGUUGAUCCGAGGGUUGGCCAUGGAGGACAGCAAGAACCUUUUCUCUCUUUUCGAGCACAAUUCUGUGACGGAUCGAGCUUUGGAGAGCAGAGUUAUUGUGGCAGAUGUUCUUGCCAAGUUUGAAAGGCUUGCUGGCAGUGAAGAAGAAGAGGAAGAAGGAGAAUGGAAACUGUAUUUUAAGCUCUACUGCUUCUUGGAUGUGGAGAGCAUGCACAAAGAAGGGGUGGAGUUUGCCUUCAUGUUUGAGCAGGCCCACGAGUCUCUCAUCAGCGGACACUUCCCGGCAUCCGAGGAGACUUUGCAGCAUCUGGCCUCUUUACGUCUCCAGUAUCUCCACGGUGACGGGGCGGGCCGGGCCGGCUGGAGCCUGGGGACCGUCUAUCCCAUCGGACGUCUCCGCAGCCGCAUCAUCCACUCCACCAAGCCGGGGGUGGGCUCAGCGAGCGCGACGGCAGGAGGAGUGACGGCGGAGGGUAAGGCGGCAGCCGGAGGAACGGGCGGCGUUGGCGGUGCAGUUGAGAAACGCAAAACGCCAAGCUUCCUGGACGGCACGCUGAGGAGGAGCUUCAAGACGGGCUCACUCAAGAAACAGAAGGUGGAGGAGGAGCAGAUGCUGGAGAUGUGGGUGAAGGAGGAGACGUCGGCCACACGGACCAGCGUGCUGGAGAAGUGGACCCGGCUGCAGGGAAUGGCUCAGCACCAGGCCAUGCUCAAAUACAUGAGCAUCAUCAAGGAGUGGCCAGGAUAUGGAUCUACUCUCUUUGACGUGGAGUGUAAGGAAGGGGGUUUCCCUCACGACCUGUGGCUGGGCGUAAGCGCAGAUAACGUAUCGGUGUACAAGCGAGGCGAACCCAAACCGCUGGAGACGUUCCAGUACGAGCACAUCACGUUCUUUGGUGCCUCGCAGAUCUGCACCUACAAGAUCAUCGUGGAUGAGAGGGAAAUGUUCUUUGAGACACCGCUGGUUGGCGAGAUCACCAAGAUCAUGAGGGCUUACAUUAAUAUGGUGGUGAAAAAACGCUGCAGCAUCAUGUCCGUCACCAGCGUCGCCAGCUCGUGCGCCAGGUGAUUGCCGUUGGCCAAUCGGUUUUCCCCAGCGGCUAACGACGCCUCUCCUGGAUGGGGGAAGUCGCCCCAACUCCUACCAAGGAUGGAAAAGUGGAUGCUGAACCCGCAGGGAUCAAUGGAACUGGGUUGAAGACAUUUCACCAUUUUUUUUUUUAAAGCAUGACACAUGAAUCUGGAUUUUGGAGCACAGUCCUUUCACAUUACCCCAGUGGUAGCCCUUGCAUGUAGAUGUUCAAGCACACUCCAAAAGCUCAGAUUUCCUUCUACGUAGGCCUCUAGCACAAAACAUCCAUCAGCUGUCCUGUCCUACUUUGACCAGGACUUCGGGGACUCCUUGGAGGACCUAGCUUUUCUCUCUGUGGGCUGCAUUAAAAUAUUCGGGUAUGGUCUCUAACACAGGACCUUAGAGUCCCUUCUUGGAUCCAACCGACCUGGGGACUGGAGGCUGAAUCUCGACACCCCUAGAAGACUUCAAAGAUCUCUCCCAAGAACCCGCCGCUGGACCAUGGCUACCUCUUAGGAUGCUGGGGGUUUCUCAUCCAGGAACCAUGGGGCCUACCUCUGAGGCCGCAAGGUAUGGCUCCCUGAUAGGACUCCACCACCUUAGGACCAAGUUGAACUUGCAGGGCUCUUUCUUUCCUUCCAUCUUCACUCUCGUCGCAUAUUAUUAAGUUAGUGUUCAAAUCUUUGCUUGCUUUUGUCACUGUUUCUUUUCCAUGUGACAUCACUUCUAUCGCAUCUAUUGUUAUUAAGGGAGGGGGGGGGGUCUUCUUUUUGGACAAGGGGUUAA